CCGUGGAGAGGAAGCAGCCGUCAGGUCCGCGGCUGCAGGACGGAGGUGAGCGCUGAUAGGAGGAGACUUCUAACAGCCGGAGUGAAGACUGGAAAGUGACAAGGGUUCACCUGAGAAAACAUGAAGACGGUGUUCGUGACUGUCGGUACCACGAGUUUUGACGAGCUCAUCGAGAACAUCACGUCGUCCGAGGCCGUUCAGGCUCUAAAGGCUCGUGGAUAUGAGCGGUUGGUUCUUCAGGUCGGAAGAGGAUCUCUUCUUCCAGCUGAUGACAGUUGCCCACACGUCAGACUGGAGGCUUUUCGAUUCAAAGACUCGAUAGCAGAGGACAUGAAGCAGGCCGACCUCGUCGUCAGCCACGCCGGGGCAGGAAGUUGUUUGGAAGCGCUCGGUGCAGGCAAACCUCUGCUGGUCGUCGUCAAUGACAAGCUGAUGAACAACCACCAACUAGAGCUGGCCAGGCAGCUACACGCAGACUCCCACCUGUUGUACUGCACAUGCAGCACGCUGACAGAAACGCUGACGACCAUGGAUCUGUCUGUUCUCCAGCCCUUCUUACCUGGACGGCCACAACAUUUUGCCAACUUCCUAGACAAAGCCCUCGGUGUUCAGUAAAACUUUAAUUUGUAGAACUGCCUCUUUUCUGUUUGUGUAGUAGAUUCUGACACUGCUGAACAUUUAAAUCUUUUCUAUUACUGUAAUGCAAUAAAUAAUAAUGUCUAAUUUAA